AUGCUACAAGAACAUAUAAAACAACAUGGGCAGAAAAAUGAAGUGAUAUUAAUGUGCUCAGAAUGUCAUUUUGCUUCUAAAAACCAAGAAGAACUUGAAUCUCACUUCCAAAACUACCACAAGAAUGGUAGUAAAAAUAGCAUCCAGACAAAAAUGCAGCAAUGUGUAAAUGUCUCGAGUUCAUUUCUGCAAGGGCCAGUGGAAGGAAGUGUCAAAUCAGGGACUGAUCAGACAGGAAAUGUGGAAUCUAAAGAUAUAACGCAGUCUACUCAUAUGCCUGAAAUGGGUAGGAGGAAAUGGUAUACUUACGAGCAGUAUGGCAUGUACCGGUGUUUAAUCUGUCGGUACACCUGUGGUCAGCAACGAAUGUUGAAAACUCACGCUUGGAAACAUGCAGGUGAAGUUGAUUGUUCUUAUCCUAUCUUUGAGGAAGAAAAUGAAACUGCCAACUUGUCAGAGACAGUUGUAACUCAUACACCUCACAGCAUGGAUGCAGUUGUUCUUUCUCUGGAAAAUAAUGAACUAGAUAUCCAUGGUGAACCUACUCUUCAACUUCAGAUUUGCAAUUCUGAGCAACUGUCAUGUAAAUCGCCAGUAGGAACAAGUGUAAAAGAAGAAGAGAUGAUAAAUCAGUCUGUAGUGCAUUCUCCUACUACAGAGGUUUUAGAGGAGACUGUAUCAGAUACAGAACAGGAUAAUUUGGUAACUCAUAGCCUACUUUCAUCAGCACAGAAAAUUAUUAAUUGUAGUCCAAAUACAAAGGGUCACGUUAACGUAAUAGUCGAACGUUUGCCAGGUGCUGAAGAAAGUGUCUUACAAAAGCCUUUCUUGAUAAACACUGACAUUGAAACAGAAAAAAAAUUAAUCUCAGAAGCAUCCCAUGUUACCUGUGAAGAACCUGAUGAAGUUUAUCAUUCAGAUGAAAUCCAAGAAGUAAUAAUAGGAUGGAAUAAUACCGAGAAGAAAGAGAAUGAAUUAAGCCCUAAUAAAAAUGUAACAACUGAUGAAAAUGCACCUCCCGUACGAAGAAGGACAAAUUCUGAGUCUUUACGACUACACUCGUUAGCUGCAGAAGCUCUUGUUACAAUGCCUAUCAGAGCUGCAGAACUAACAAGGUCUAGCUUUAGGACUUUGACUGGGGAAGACACUGUGGUUGCAGAUACAGGGCAGGGAGAGGCUGAUGGCCCAUGCAUGGCUCAUUCUAAAUUGGUAUCCUCGCUUAAGAAUCCUUCAGAGGAGUUUAGUGGCUUAAACCAAAGUGAAUGUGCAAUAGUUGAAAUACAGAAAGAAAGGCCAGAGUUAUCAGAAGCACCAAUUAAAAUGGGCAUCAGUAUGUCACUACUCACUGUCAUUGAAAAACUGAAGGAGAGGACAGAUCAAAAUGCUUCUGAUGAUGACAUUCUGAAAGAAUUACAAGACAAUGCACAAUGCCAAAAUGCAAAUGAUGCAAAUAUUCCAGGAAGUAACCUAGUAGAAUAUAUACCCAAUGCAGAUCGGCCCUACCGCUGUCGCCUCUGCCAUUACAGUAGUGGUAAUAAGGGCUACAUAAAACAACACUUGAGAGUCCAUCGUCAGAGGCAGCCCUAUCAGUGUCCUAUCUGUGAACACAUUGCUGACAAUAGUAAGGAUUUAGAGAGCCACAUGAUCAACCACUGCAAAACAAGAAUGUAUCAGUGCAAACAAUGUGAAGAAUCCUUUCAUUAUAAGAGCCAACUGCGAAAUCAUGAGAGAGAACAACACAGUCUUCCAGAUAUCUUUUCAACAGCCACAUCUAACAAACUAAUUGUUUCAAAUGACGUAGAUGAAAGAGAAGGAAAUAAGUCUUCACUUCAGAAACUGCAUAGAUGCGAUGUAUGUGACUACACAAGUACAACUUAUGUUGGUGUACGAAAUCACAGACGAAUUCAUAACUCUGAUAAGCCAUAUAGAUGUCGAGUAUGUGACUUCGCCACCACAAAUAUGAAUAGCUUGAAAUGUCAUAUGAGGCGCCACCCCCAGGAGCAUCAGGCAGUGCAGCUAAUGGAACAGUACAAAUGUUCUCUCUGUGGAUAUGUAUGUAGCCAUCCUCCGUCCCUGAAGUCCCACAUGUGGAAACAUGCAAGUGACCAAAACUAUAACUAUGAACAAGUGAACAAGGCUAUUAACGAUGCAAUUUUGCAAAGUAGCAGGUUUCAAGGACAGCUUCCUGACAAAACCUUAUUGGAAGGCACAGAUGAAAGUACAGUACCUAUACUAGGAAGUUCAGACAACCUGGUGUCUUUUACAGAGUCUAUUAACCAGACUAAUAAUGAAAUUUCAGGUUCUGAUGAAAAUGAAAAACCUAACUUGAUGAAUACCUCAUGUGGUUUAGAAAAGAACUCCACUCUACCCCAUCUUGGCACAGAAUACUGUGUUCUUCUCUUCUGCUGCUGCAUUUGUGGUUUUGAGUCUACCAACAAAGAAAAUCUGCUGGAUCAUAUGAAAGAACAUGAGGGUGAAAUCAUAAACAUCAUCCUAAAUAAGGACAACAGCACAAAUCAGAGCACAAACUAGGUGAAGCAUUAAGUUGAAGAGGGGGUUUCCUAGAGUAAAUAUUUUCUAUCUUUACUAAUUUUGCCUGAGAAACUUGGUAAAGAGAAGAAUUGCAAGCAAAACUUGCUGAUUUCCCAUUCUAAGUCCUUGUUUCAAUAAGAAUACAAAUUUUUAACUAGGGACCAAUGAAUCAUUUUAGAGAUAAAUAUCAGAAGUAGGGAAUAGAAUGACCCAUUUUAACCUGUUAUUUCUCUGUAUGGUACCAAGAAUGUGGGAUUGUUGCUUUUUUCUUUCCUUUUACUGUCAGGUACUAGUCAGUAAUAAUGCAUUAGUACAGUAUAUUAAAACCUAAAGGCAUGAAAGCUUUGUAUCAACUGAAAGCUUUGUUGCUUUCCAAAUAGUUACGCAAGAAUGUUUUUACCCUCUUUUUUGAAGAUGACAACUUACCAAAUACAAAUUUUACAACAUGAUUUCAUCAAACUGAGCCUGGAUUCUGGAAGGUAGAGAGAGGGGAGAUAAGGGCACGUGUGUGCUUGCAUGCACGUGUAUGUGUAUUCCCAAUCUAUUUUUAAGACCUUACAAACUCCAGGUUGUCUUUCAAAAAGGAGUGGUAUCCUAUCUGUUGAUUUAGAGCACCAGGAGCUGAGUAAACUAGAAGCAUUUUGCUAAUAACUGUUUCUCUGAUUGGAUCCUAACUAAAAGCUGGUAUCUUUUAAUUGAUAGUGUGUAAAAGAUUCUUCAUAAUAAUGGCCUGUUGUUUCUUAAAGGCUUUCUUAACACAUUCAGCAGAACUAUUUAAGAAAAAUAAAUAAAUAAUAAUUAAAAAAAAAAAUAAACUAAACCUCCAAAACAAAUCACCUCAUAUGUCACUAUUAACUUGUGGUGAUUGCAGUACAUAGGAGCACUGUUUUUUAAUGAGAACAAGGUACUAACAGUAAUUGCCACAAAGAUAUUUUUAAAUCUAUAUAGAUUCCUAAGGAUGCAGAUGAGGAAGGAAAGGGAUUUUGAGAAAUGCCUACAUGUUUUGGAGUUCCUUGAAAAUCGCACCGGCUGUCUAAAUUUCCCACUUGUGUGGCAGGGUUGUAACUGUAGAUAAAAUUCACAGAAGGAUAAAGUAAUCAUAGUAAUGUUCUUAUAGAAAGUUAUAUUUCAAAAAAUAAAAUAUGGAAACCAUAUUUUAAGCAAAAUCAUCAAAAACAGUCACUUGUAGAAUAAAUUUUUACUAGUGUAUAUAAUACAGGCUCAUAAGGGGAAUUAGGGAUUACUUUGUUUUCUAAAAAACAGAUAGAAAUCUCUCCCUUGUAAAGCACUGUAAAACUACAGUGCUUUCUUUUUGUGUGUGUGUUACAGCACUUUGCAGAAGACAACAUUCAUCUACAACUCAGUUGGAAAUAUUUUAUACAGGCUAAUUACCUGGCAACUUUGUUGAGCUCAUUCAUAAAGUUGGCUACUUAAAUUGUUUGAAAUAUACACUUCAAUCUAGAGAAGCAGUAGCACUUCCAAAGAAACCCUUUUGUAACCUGAUUUAAGCUUUCUAGUGUGGCCAUUUAUUUCUGCUUUUAAAGAAUGGCAGUUGCACAGAAGCAUACCUAGUUCCUGACGUGGGAAUGCAGUUACCUGAUUUUUUAGAAGCUCAUUACUUAAAAAAUGACUUUUAGAAAAAUAGUGUUUUACGUUUAUUUCAUAUUUAUACAUUUCCGCUAGCAGAAAUGAGCUAGAACAGUAAGUCUAAGAAGGUGGUAUGUGUAGCAUACACUCUGUUGUGCAUUGCUGACUGUAAGUGGCAAACAGGAAAAGAAACAAACAAGUCUGGUUACUACUUUAUGAAGCAGCACAAAAUCUAAAUGUCAGUGUAAAAGGCACUAAGAUUCCACGUACAUUCAGCAAUUUUUGUUGCUAAGUGGUUUCCUUAACUUGUUCUUUAAGUUAAAUAUCUGCAGGUUUUUUUUAUAUAUAAAAUUGGUAUCAGAAAGUACGCAUUUUACUUUAAAAAUUGAUAUAAUGUCAAAGCAUUUUUGUGUCAUAUUUGAGAUAUUUUAAAUACAGACUUGUAUUUUCAGUUAAAAGUUAUUUUUAAUAUUUCUCCAGAUAGAUUUUUCAUGUGAUAAACAAGAUUUAUUCACAUCUCAAAAUCAAUUAGAGAUAGUAAACUUCUAAUGGGAUAUUCAUACUGUCUUAUUGACACCAAUAUUUUAUCUAUAGAUACAGAAUUCAGUAUAGAAUUCAUACGAAAGUGGUAAACUAUUUGCAGCAUAUCUGAUCUUCUUCAUUCAGAGAUCCUAUUUGUUGAAAAAAUUAAAGGUAUGAAGAGAUCCACAGUAACGUUAAACUACCAGCCAGCAUUCACAGAAACAGUAUUUUGCCAUAUCCUUACUUUUGCAUAAAGGGAUAAUUAUUUUAACAUUGCUCUGCUAGCAAAAGAAAAGAAAGGUGAAAAACUUGCAUUCAUAAGCUAAAAAGAAGAUGGCAGUGAACCAAGACUUAAAAAGCAAGUAGCUUUCAAUCAAAGUUAACAAUUCUGGUGUAAAUGUUUGCAGCGUUAAAUAUAAUGCACCGAGACUGACUGUAAUGGGAUUCCUAAGCAGGAUUUAUCUAUUUACAUUUGCUCUUUGCCAUCUCGUUGCUUUUUUCUGCUUUGACCAUGUGUUACUAUAAAAUAGUAUAAAGUUAGUUGCCUCUAAAAACUGUUAUCAGUCCUAUCAAAUGCCAACAAAUAAUUCUUUCCCAUAUGCACAGAGGUAUUUUUAACUGUCUCCAUGCUGCUUGCCAUUAGUUACCCACUCACAGUUCCCAUGGCCUUUAUCAGAAGUUCUGCACGUGAAGUAGUUAUAGGCUUAGUUUCUGAAAGCAAAGUAUUUCUCAGGUUAUCUGCUUUAGAAAGUGUGUGGUUGGCUUGGUUGCAUGUUAUAUAAGGGUUUUUCAAGCACAUUUCAAAGUCACUAACUCUGCAGUCUCCCCCUUUCUUUAAGUUUUUAACAGAUUUUCAGAUCUUCUGUCACAGCACUAUGAGCUGAUCAGCUAUUUCACUUGCUGUUUGUUUUAAUUAAGAGUUUGGUCCAUGAUAUGAACUGUAACUUGCAGCUUUGAUUUUAAAAGCCUAUACUUCUACUAAAGAGAAAACUUCAUACUAGACAAUACCAAUAAAUAGGUGCGUAUUUCAUCUUUCUGAUUUAUGCUUGGCCUGGAAAAAUAAAGUGGGAUUCAGUCAGUUAUUGUAUUUUCCUCUUUCAGAAGCACUUAUUUAAUCAUUUUUAAAAAUGUACAGUUGGUGCUGAAAGUAACAUUUGUUAAGAUAUAUUUAAUAGAAAUUUACAUUUGCAUUUGAUAUUCAUGGACAUGGGUACGUGUAUUUUUUUAAGAAAAGGUAUUGUAACACUAUGGCACUGCUUUUAUAGCCAAAGUACAAAAAAUUUAGAAAACUGACAUGUAAAGAGUGCAGUUAAUUCUGAUACUGUAUCUUAUUAAAUAGGAUGACUUCCAUUUUAUAAAAUUAUCCAGCACAUUAAGCUGCAUGCCUUAAGCUCUCUCUAGGAUUGUGUUCCUGAUAGAUGACUGUUUGGAACUAUGAAGCAAAGUCUGUAGUACUACUUUAACUACCUUCUGAAAUACUGUACAAUGUUAGAAUAAUUUAUUUUGCUUUACAGGAGUUUGUCACGUAUUGACUUUAAUAAUGUAUUUUGGUAAUAAACUUUUUUUGUUAAACACUUUAGUCACUUUUAUUUGACCUGUAUGAAAUAGGGUUAUGAAUAUGGAAAACAGAGACACGAACCAGUGUUUAGAGAUGGGAAUCUGUUUAUAUCAAAAAGUACUUGAAAUACUUUACUGUCAUUUCACACUCUUGUAUCAAGAUAUUAGUUAAUAAUGUUAAUACAAGUUUUGUAAAAGUAAUGGUAGUGAUGAAAUAUGAGACUAUUAAAACAAGUUC